CGCACCUGACCCGUGACGUCACUUCCUUCUUGAGUUCGAUAGCUAUCUUGUUCAUCACUGGCUUGAGUGGAAAAAUAGGAUCGUAAAUCCUUAUAAUGCCCCUGUUUGGGAAGUCACAGAAGAGUCCCCAGGAUGUGGUUAAGUCCUUAAAGGAGGCUCUCCUUGCUGUUUCCAAGGGAAGUACAGGGGAAAAGAAAGCUGAUAAGGCAACAGAAGAUAUUUCCAAGAAUCUUGCCCAUAUAAAAGGUAUCCUGUAUGGAGUAGGGGACCAGGAGCCACAGACUGAGCUAGUGGCCCAGCUGUCACAAGAAAUGUAUAAUCACAAUAUGUUGUUGUUGCUUAUAAUGAAUCUAACUAAGGUGGAUUUUGAGGGCAGAAAAGAUGUGGUUCAGAUCUUCAACAACAUGUUGAGAAGACAGAUUGGUUCCCGUGCUCCAACUGUAGAACAUAUAUGUUGUAAACAGGAUAUACUAUCAGAAUUAAUGAAAGGUUAUGAGAAUCAAGAAGUUGCACUGAAUUGUGGACAGAUGUUACGUGAAUGUUGUCGUUCAGAAGAGCUAGCUAAGAUUUUAUUAUCUUCUUCACAGUUUUAUAAAUUUUUUGACUAUGUAGAAGUUUCAACGUUUGAUAUUGCUUCAGAUGCAUUUUCUACAUUUAAGGAAUUAUUGACAAAACACAAAAUGUUGUCAUCUGAAUUUUUAGAGGCUAAUUAUGACAGGAUAUUUGAUAAUUACCAGUCUUUGUUAAAUUCUGAGAAUUAUGUUACAAGACGGCAAGCACUCAAGUUGUUAGGCGAGUUAUUGUUAGACAGACAUAAUUUCACCACGAUGACGAAGUACAUUUCCAAUCCUGAUAAUCUAAAACUUAUGAUGAACAUGUUGAGGGAGAAAAGCCGAAACAUUCAGUUUGAAGCUUUCCAUGUAUUCAAGGUGUUUGUAGCAAAUCCAAAUAAACCAAAGCCAAUAUUGGAUAUAUUACUUAGGAACAAAGAAAAGCUUGUUGACUUUUUAACGAAAUUUCACACAGAACGAUCCGAUGACGAACAAUUUAACGACGAAAAAGCAUAUCUAAUUAAACAAAUUAAAGAGCUUAAAUCAGUCGACGAGUCAUAGUAUUCAGUGUUGUGUAACAGAACAAGUGUGCUAUAAUGUUAUGUGAGUUGUCUCCCUUCUGAUGACUUCUUCAGUAUGGAAGGAAGAUUUACUCUACAGUUGUAAUAUAUAUUUCAUGUUUUAUUGGACACAUAGUGCUAUAUGUAUUUAACAGUAAAUCUAUUUUCAUGUAUAUAUGUAUACAGUAUGAAAAUUUGUUUCAGUAUGAAACUUCACAUUUUUUAUAUAUAAUAAA